AUGUUCUCCAUAGCACUGUUUUUCUUAAUAUGUGCUAUCUCAAUGCCUAAACUUAUCAGUUACUCUGACAUUGAAAUUCUCGGAAAAUCAGAUGAUGGAAUGCAGUAUUCAAUAGAGCUAACAAAUAAGGAAAAUGUAAUUUUUAGUCAGUGUGAAUAUUUUGCAAGCGUAAACUUAGGGACUCCUGCUCAAAAAUUUAACCUCAGCAUAGACACUAGUGGGUAUAGAAUUGUGGUCCCGGAUAAAAAUUGUGUUUCUUGUAAGAAUUUUACAAAUUUUUUCGAUCCAAAAUCAUCUGAUACUUAUCAAGGACCUUAUGCCUCAAUUAGAUUAAAUUUUAGUGAUGAUCAAUAUGUCUCAGGAAAUCUAAGCUCAGAAACUGCAUCUUUUGGCCCGGAAAAAUUGGCAGAAGCUAAAGGCCAAUAUUUUUUACUUAUUGAGCAUGACAAUGACGUUAAAUUUGACGAAGAUGGCUUGUUUGGGCUUGGUUUUAAUUUACUCCUACUUUAAGAUUAGUCGAAAUGCUCCCAUUAGACAUUUCCUUGGUACUAUUUUUUCUAAUUUUUUUUUCAUUUUGCCAAAAAAUAACGUUUUUUUUUCUAUUUGGAAAAAAUAAUGCCUAUGAAAAAUAUGCACCCUUUAAGAGUGAGCAAUAUUAUUUGCUUACCAUGAAGUGGCUAGUUUUUUAAUAAAAUAUUUUAACUGCAAAUAUUUACAAGAAAAUUCAAUUAACUAAUAAUACUAUAUCAUAAAAUGCAAACUGUCUAAAAUUCGGUAGAAAUACAAGAUUACCUUGAAAUAAUCCUUAAUCAUAUCAUAUAUUAGACAAAAAGCAUAUUUUGUAUAAAAAUACUUGUUGCUCGCUAUUAAACUAGAGUUAAUUCUAAUAUUUUUCUUAUGAUUUUUCUAAUCUUAAUGGUGGAGAAUUAGAAGAUGGCACUUCUACUUAUAUACAAACUCUAGUUGACCAGCGAGUUAUAAAAAAAUCAAUUUUUUCCUUAUUUUUGAACAAUAUAAACCGAAAAAAUCAGCCAAAAUCAGCAUUGGUUAUUGGUGGAAGUGAUGAUAAAUAUGCCAAAGGGUCAUACACUUAUUUAGAACUUGCUGAUUUUCGAGGCUAUUGGGAAAUAAAUAUAACUGAAAUAUCAACUCCAGCUGGAACUUUAUCAAUAAAUAGCGAAACCGCUAUAAUUGAUUCAAAAUCUGAGAUAAUAUGAGGACCAAACAAUUACAUUGAUAACGUGCUUUCUUAUUUUAAAGAGAAAUUCGGCUGUUCUGGUUCUAAAUAUUUAUAUAUUCAUUGUCCAUACAAUCGAGAAACUAAAUAUCCUGACAUUGUAUUUACAUUAGAAGGCAAUAAAUAUUCUGUGUGUCCAGAGUCUUAUUUUCAAAUUUUUAACAAUGGAACGGCAAUGUUAUUGCUUUAUUCCCACAAUUUAACUGGCUGGAUUCUUGGAGUGCCUUUCCUAAGGGAAUAUUAUAGUGUUUAUGAUAUGGAGAAUUUACAGAUUUAUCUAGCUCCAGCCGUCACAGGAGAUGAUGAUUCAGGAGUGGGUGAAAGGAUAUGGGUGAUCACCAUAGUUGUAAUCAUAGCAAUACUCUCGAUAGUCUCUAUUGGAGUAGUGUCGUACUGCUUUUAUAAAAAACGAAGGAAUUCAAGGAAUAUUGCAUAUAAAUCAAUUGCAAUGGAAUACGCAAUGACGUCAAGUAUUGCAUGCUAUUAA